GUCUGUAAGACCAGGUCUCGGACUCAACCACAGGCAGACUAAUUAUGCAAAUAACAACACAGCCCUUAUUGACAUUAUGCAAAAUAAUAAAUGCACUCUACGUCCAGUAUUUUGCCCUGGUAUUGGGAACACAGUUAUGAUUUGAAGUAGCAUGUGCAGGCUGUUGUCCAUUUGUGUGGUGCUGUCCUAGAGAUUGGAAAUUCUGUUGCCUAGUUAUUGAUUUUUGCAUAAUUGAAGAAACUGAUGGUAUGGCAGUAUCGUAAAUAUCAACGCCGCCAUUCAUUGUAUGUUUGGAUAUCACAUGCUUAGACAGGGCAUCAGGGCAUGCUCUGCAAUUUGGCACGGUGCAUUCAAAUUCAUGUACCCUAUAUUCAGGAGGGAUCGUCUUGCUGACUGACUUCAUUGUGGCCUUCUUUUGAGCUUGGAAAUAUCAAGUCAGUUCCACAUUCCUCAUCCAGGGAGCUCGAGUGUUUUGCCGAGCAUUGGACACAGACAUCUGGGAAGUCACGGUCACCAGACGACUAGUUUAACGUGUCCUGGACUUGGAGAUCACUUCCAGCAUGGAUAUUCCGAUGUCUGGCCAACGCUACAAGCGUACAAACUUUGAUGACGAUGACACGAUAUCGAAUGGGGGUACGCCCCCUGCCGUUGACUUCCAUCCGGGGAUCGUGUUCAAGGGGGGUCUGACGCUGUGGCAGAGGAAGACCACCCUGGAGAAGGUCCUCAUCGUCCUCCUCAUCCUCCUGGCCAUCUCUCUCAUCGUCAUCGCCGCCAUCUUGGCCGUCAGGGAGUCCCAGCUACAGGAUCUGCGGAAAGGAACAGACUACUGCAUGACCCCCGAGUGUGUGACGGUGGCCAGCUCCAUCAUCACCACGAUGGACCGCAGUGCCGACCCCUGCAAGGACUUCUUCCAGUACGCCUGUGGAGGGUGGAUCAAGUCACACCCCAUCCCAUCAGGCCACAGCAGGUGGGGCACGUUCAGUGUGCUGUGGCAGGAGAACCAGCUGGUCAUGAAGAACGUCCUCGAAAAAGUGUCGGUGAAGACGCGCAGCAAUGCUGAGAGGAAGGCCCAGGCUUACUUUGUGUCGUGUAUGGACAAGAACAAGACGGUGGAGGCGCUCGGCGCCCAGCCCCUCCUGGACAUCUUGAGGGGCCUGGGGGGGUGGGGUAUCUCCAACAAGUCGGGCACCUGGCAACAGAACGCCUGGAACCUGCAGACAGCCGUGGAGAAGGUGCACAUGAUCGAUGUCAGCCCCCUGUUUAACAUGUGGGUCGGCGGGAACGACCGCAACUCCUCCAGCAAUAUACUCUUGGUUGACCAAAGCGGCCUAGGCCUACCUGAGCGGGACUACUAUCUCAAUAAGUCCAUUACUGAAGACAAGGUGUUGUCAGGGUAUCUGGAGUACAUGACGACGUUGGGGAUGUUGCUUGGAGCUGAGGAUCGCAACACUACCAGGGAUGACAUGAUAAAAGUUAUAGAGUUUGAGACAAAAAUAGCUGAGAUCACCAUCCCAGCGAAAGACAGACGCGAUGAGGAGAAGAACUACCACAAGAUGCGGAUAGUCGACAUGCAGAAACAGUUCCCCUUUCUGAACUGGCUCCAAUACUUCAACUCCAUGAUGAGCGUUGUCAACAUCACACUCAAGUCCUCGGAGGAAGUUGUCGUCUAUGCCCCCAAGUUCCUGAAGAACCUCAAGGCCAUCCUCAGUAAUGCCAAGUCCUCCGACGAUGGCAAGAACACAUUAAACAACUACCUGAUGUGGUCUGUCGUCAAGUCUCUGGCGCCAUACCUGUCCAAGCCAUUCCGAGAAGCCAAGAAGACUUUCACACAGGUUAUGACAGGUGUGACAGGUAACGAGGAGAUGUGGCGCUACUGCAUCACCGACACCGAUGUUGUCCUCGGCUUUGCUCUCGGGUCGAUGUUCGUGAAGGAGGCUUUCCACGGGGCUAGCAAAGUAAAGGCGGAGAAGAUGAUUGAUGAGGUUAAGAUGGCUUUCAAGAAAAACUUGCCCAAUUUGCAUUGGAUGGAUGACGAGACGCGCAGAGCAGCUAUUGACAAGGCAAAUGCAGUUGUGGAUAUGAUUGGCUUCCCGGAGUAUAUCCUAAAUGUCACCCGCCUCGAUAAACAGUACCAGAGGUUACAAAUCAACAAGUCAGAGUAUUUUAUGAACAACUUCAGAAAUCUACGAUUUGCUCUUGUGAAGAACUUAGAAAAACUCAGGAAACCUCCAAAGAAAAAUGCCUGGGGAAUGACUCCGCCUACAGUCAACGCCUACUACACACCCACCAAGAACGAGAUUGUCUUCCCUGCAGGAAUACUCCAAGCACCAUUUUAUGAUCAAAAUUUUCCCAAGUCACUAAACUUUGGUGCUAUGGGUGUGGUGAUGGGGCACGAACUCACUCACGGUUUUGAUGAUCAAGGCCGUGAGUACGACAAGUUUGGUAAUCUACGUCCCUGGUGGAACAACCAGUCAAUAGAGAAAUUUAAACAGCGGACGCAAUGUAUGAUCAAACAGUACUCUCAGUACAAGCUUAACGGAGAGGCGGUCCGAGGGGAACAGACAUUGGGAGAAAAUAUAGCUGACAAUGGAGGACUUAAGUCAGCAUACUAUGCGUACGAGGACUGGGUGUCUAAGAAGGGGAUGGAGGUGGCUCUGCCAGCAGUUGGCCUCUCUCACAGGCAGCUCUUCUUCAUGGGAUUCGCACAGGUGUGGUGCUCCAGCAGUACAAAGGAGGCUGACCACCUGCAGAUCGUUAGUGACCCACACAGUCCGGCCAAAUACAGGGUAAUUGGGACUCUGUCCAACUCUAAAGAAUUUGCUCGGGAAUACAAAUGUCCAGUCGGGUCACCCAUGAACCCCAAGGAGAAGUGUGUUGUGUGGUGAGCCAUGACACAGUGUGAGACAGGGUAGUCCCACAUUACGCACUGUGAUACGACCAGCGGUCACUAUCAGCCAGACUGGAGUGCCCUCUAGUGACCAACAACUUUCAACCCACCCACCUACUGUUUCGUUGAAGAUGUAUUUCUGAAUCUCAUGGAGUGCUGUGAGGAGCAUUAUCAAAGACAAGUCUUAAACUGAAUCAUGAUAAAGAGAUUAACUUUUGAAUCAUGAUAAAGAGAUUAACUAUUGAAUCAUGAUAAAGAGAUUAACUAUUGAAUCAUGAUAAAGAGAUUAACUAUUGAAUCAUGAUAAAGAGAUUAACUAUUGAUUCAUGAUAAAGAGAUUAACUAUUGAUUCAUGAAAAGGAGAUUAACUAUUGAAUCAUGAUAAGGAGAUUAACUAUUGAAUCAUGAUAAAGAGAUUGACUAUUGAAUCAUGAUAAAGAGAUUAACUAUUGAAUCAUGAUAAAGAGAUUACCUUGUGAAUCAUGAUGAGUUACACUAUUGAAUCAUCAUGAUCAUUAAUGAACAGAUUAACUAUUGAAUCAUCAUGAUCAUUAAUGAACAGAUUAACUAUUGAAUCAUCAUGAUCAUUAAUGAACAGAUUAACUAUUGAAUCAUCAUGAACAGAUUAACUAUUGAAUCAUCAUAAACAGAUUAACUAUUGAAUCAUCAUAAACAGAUUAACUAUUGAAUCAUCAUAAACAGAUUAACUAUUAAAUCAUCAUAAACAGAUUAACUAUUUAAUCAUCAUGAUCAUAAUGAAAAGAUCAACUAUUGAAUCAUCAUGAAGAGAUAACCUUUCAAACCAUGAUGACUAUGUUUACCAUUGAAUCAUCAUGAACAGAUUAACUAUUGUAUCAUCAUAAACAGAUUAACUUUUGAAUCAUCAUGAUCACAAUGAAUAGAUUAACUAUUGAAUCAUGAAUAGAUUGAUUAUUGAAUUAUCAUGAAGAGAUAACCUAUCGGACCAUGAUGACUAUGUUUACCAUUGAAUCAUUAUGAAUAGAUUACACAGAUUCAGGCAAGAAUGAUUCUCUAUUUAAUCAUGAAUGAUAUCAUUUGCAUUCACAUGGGCCAGCCUUCAGUUGUGUACCUUUUAUAGGAGAGUGACUCAUUGCUCAUAGAUUUGUCUGUUCACAUACUGGCGCGUUGUGACUGUUUAUCAUCUUAAGAUAGCACAGGGGGCCAAGUUGUCCAAGAGUUACAUCCCUUGACCUGAUCAUGAGUUUGAAUCCCAGUCACCUGAUUAAUCUUUAGCCUUCCAGACCCAAUUCUGUGCUGAUGGUUUCACACAUCUAGGAUCUGUGUCCACCUCUGGCCUCCCACUGCUGCCACAUGCCAUAUGCCGAGCUCAUGUACUUGGAGGCUCGUUCUAUUGUAUUCCAAACUCCGACGUCUUUUCACAUGUUCAUGGGCUUUGAAUCAUUUUAUGUGGAAUCAGCCAUGGAUAUUUUUCUUUGUAGUGUUGAUAAAAAAAGGUUUGUCUCAAGGCAUAUCUCAAUUUAUCUCAUAAGGUGUGUCUCGAGGUAUAUCUCAGUGUAUAUCCCAAGGUGUAUCUUGAGGUAUAUCUCAGCGUAUAUCCCAAGGUGUAUCUUGAGGUACCGGUAUAUCUCAGCGUAUAUCCCAAGGUGUAUCUUGAGGUACCGGUAUAUCUCAGCGUAUAUCCCAAGGUGUGUCUUGAGGUAUAUCUCAGUGUAACUCCCAAGGUGUGUCUCAUGGUAUAUGUCAGUUAUCUCUCAAGGUGUGUCUCAUGUUAUAUCUCAACAUAUCUCUCAAGGUGUGUCUCUAGGUAUAUCUCAGUUAUCUCUCAAGGUGUGUCUCAUGUCAUAUCUCAACAUAUCUGUCAAGGUGUGUCUCAUGGUAUAUCUCAGUUAUCUCUCAAGGUGUAUCUCUAGGUAUAUCUCAGUUAUCUCUCAAGAUGUGUCUCGAGCUACGUCUCCACACAAGUCGCUGUCAGUAUGUCUGUGUAUCUUUUGACUAGUGUCUUUGACUGUCAUUAUGAAAUAUGAAAAUCCACCCAUUUAUUGUUAUUUGUCCAUGGUUGACCUACAAUGUAUAUUGUUGUUCAGAGUUCAUGCGAACCUUUGUACAAAUUUUAUGAUUUUAUUAUAUACUGGUAUAUUAUGUUUUACAAUAUUCCCCUGGAUGGGAUAUUUCUAUGAGUAAUCAAUCCUUUUUUAAGCUUAAUACAAAACAAAAAAUCUCAGGCAAGCACUUUUAAGGCCUUUUUUGCUCUCUUCAUUUACAAGGGUGUAUACAAUUCCGGUCUAAAAGCAUAAUAUUAUGUACUGGGGGUGUCAUUAAUACAUUGUAUUGAUGCCAUCAUUGAUACAUGGUUUUGAUGUAUACACAGGGUUGAAGAGUUUUGGUGUUUUUUUCCCCAAAACAAAGACGUUAUGUGAGCAUGUAACACCGGAAAUACCGUUUCAACAAAUCCGUACUGAAGUACGCCUGGUUAUAAAA